GAUGACAAGAUGGCACAGCUGCUUGUACCGCCCGUACCUGACAGCUUCCGCCCCUUCGUCCCGGAGUCGCUGGCCGCCAUCGAGAAGUGCAUCGCCGAGGAGGAGGCCCGGAGACCGCGGGCAGACCGCCGCUGUGACAGCGAUGACGACAACGGGCCCAAGCCCAACAGCGACUUGGAGGCGGGGAAGUCCCUCCCCUUUAUCUAUGGAGACAUCCCCCCUAACCUGGUGUCCACUCCUCUGGAAGACAUGGACCCCUUCUACAGCAACCAGAAGACCUUCCUAGUAUUAAACCGUGGGAAGGCAAUCUUCCGUUUCAACGCCACUCCUGCCUUGUACAUCUUAAGCCCCUUCAACCCCCUGCGGAGGAUAUCCAUUAGAAUUUUAGUCCAUUCGAUGUUUAGCAUGUUGAUCAUGUUCACCAUCCUGACCAACUGUGCUUUCAUGACCCUCAGCAGUCCUCCCGACUGGGCCAAGAAUGUAGAGUACACAUUCACUGGGAUCUACACCUUCGAGUCCCUGAUCAAGAUCCUAGCCAGGGGCUUCUGCGUGGGGAAGUUCACGUUCCUCAGGGACCCGUGGAACUGGCUGGAUUUCAGCGUUAUCGUCAUGGCAUAUGUCACAGAGUUUGUGGACCUGGGCAAUGUCUCAGCCCUGCGAACCUUCAGGGUUCUGCGAGCCUUGAAAACUAUAUCGGUCAUCCCAGGCCUGAAGACCAUUGUGGGGGCUCUGAUUCAGUCGGUGAAGAAGCUGUCUGACGUGAUGAUCCUCACUGUCUUCUGCCUCAGCGUUUUUGCCCUCAUCGGCUUGCAGCUCUUCAUGGGCAACCUGAGGCAGAAGUGUGUGCGGAUGCCCGUGCCCUUAAACGACACCGGCAGCAACAACAUCACGGCCGCUGAAGACCGAUCGCUGUUCAACGCCACCGUGCUGGACGCCAACGCCACCGUCUUCUCGCCAAAUGCGACAGAGGACAACUUCAACUGGACGGAGCACAUCAGCGAUGAGCAUAAUUACUACUACCUUCCUAACCGCAGGGAUGCUCUGCUCUGUGGCAACGGCAGUGGCGCUGGGCUGUGUCCAGAGGGGUUCUUGUGUAUCAAAGUGGGCCGCAACCCGGACUACGGCUACACCAGCUUCGACACUUUCGGCUGGGCCUUCCUGUCCCUGUUCCGACUCAUGACCCAAGACUACUGGGAGAAUCUUUACCAGCAGACGCUGCGUGCUGCAGGGAAGCCCUAUAUGAUCUUCUUCGUGUUGGUGAUCUUCUUGGGCUCUUUUUACUUGGUCAACCUGAUCCUGGCUGUGGUGGCAAUGGCCUACGACGAGCAGAACCAGGCCACCAUUGAGGAGGCUCAGCAGAAGGAGGAGGAGUUCCAAGCCAUGCUGGAGCAGCUUAAGAGACAGCAGGAGGAGGCUCAGGUUGCUGCGGCAGCGGCCACCGAGAGCGGGGAGUACAGCGGGAGAGGGGGCCCCGCCUCGGAGUCCUCCUCCUCGGGGAUUUCUAGGCUCAGCUCCAAAAGUGCCAAAGAGCGACGCAACCGGCGGAAGAAGAGGAAACAAAGGGAGGAGGAGGAGGAGAGGGGGGGCCGCGACAAAUUUCACAAGUCCGAGUCGGAGGACAGCAUCAAGAGGUCCAGCUUCCGCUUCUCCAUCGAUGCCAACCGGCUCUCCUAUGAGAAGAGAUGCUCCUCGCCCAACCAGUCUCUCCUCAGCAUCCGAGGCUCCCUCUUCUCGCCACGGAGGAACAGCCGAGCCAGCCUGUUCAGCUUUCGCGGGCGCGCGCGCGACAUGGGUUCGGAGAACGACUUCGCCGACGACGAGCACAGCACCUUCGAGGAGAGCGACAGCCGCCGCGGCUCGCUGUUCGUGCCUCGCCGCCUCGACCGCCGCUGCAGCGCCGUCAGCCAGGCCAGCCUCGGACCGCCGCGUAUCGUGCUGCCCGCCAACGGCAAGAUGCACUGUGCUGUGGACUGCAAUGGCGUGGUGUCUCUCGUCGGCGGGACCUCCAUGCCAAUCUCCCCUGUGGGCCUCCUGCUGCCUGAGGUGAAUCAACUAGCUCCCAACACAUCUCCCUGCAGGGCUCACGGCACAACCACAGACACUGAAUUAAAGAAAAGGCGUUCAGGCUCCCAUCAGCCGUCUAUGGACUAUCUAGAUGAGCUGGCGGCCAGGCAAAGGGCCUUGAGUGUGGCCAGUAUCCUCACCAACACCAUGGAAGAGCUGGAAGAGUCAAGACAGAAGUGCCCCCCCUGCUGGUACAGGUUUGCUAACACCUAUCUGAUCUGGGACUGCUGCCCUGCAUGGCUGAAGAUCAAGGAGAUUGUCAACAUGGUGGUGAUGGACCCCUUUGUGGAUCUGGCCAUCACCAUUUGCAUCGUCCUCAACACCCUCUUCAUGGCCAUGGAGCACUACCCCAUGACCCCGGAGUUUAAUUAUGGCCUCUCUGUAGGAAACCUGGUGUUCACAGGCAUCUUCACAGCGGAGAUGUGCCUCAAGAUCAUUGCCAUGGAUCCAUACUACUACUUCCAAGAGGGCUGGAACAUCUUUGAUGCUAUCAUAGUCAGCCUGAGUCUGAUGGAGCUUGGCCUGGCCAACGUCGAAGGCUUGUCUGUGCUUCGGUCUUUCAGAUUGCUGAGGGUUUUCAAGCUGGCCAAAUCCUGGCCCACUUUGAACAUGCUGAUCAAGAUCAUCGGUAACUCGGUGGGUGCGUUAGGGAACCUGACCCUUGUGCUGGCCAUCAUCGUCUUCAUCUUCGCCGUGGUGGGCAUGCAGCUGUUCGGCAAGAGCUACAAGGAGUGCGUGUGCAAGAUUAAAGAAGAUUGCCAGCUUCCCCGCUGGCACAUGCACGACUUCUUCCACUCCUUCCUCAUCGUGUUCCGGGUGCUGUGCGGCGAGUGGAUCGAGACCAUGUGGGACUGCAUGGAGGUGGCGGGACCGACCAUGUGCCUCAUCGUGUUCAUGAUGGUCAUGGUCAUAGGAAACCUGGUGGUUCUGAACCUCUUCCUGGCUCUGCUGCUGAGCUCGUUCAGCGCAGACAACCUGGCGGCGACCGACGAUGACAGCGAGAUGAAUAACCUCCAGAUCGCGGUGGGCCGGAUCCAGCGUGGCAUUGCUUUCAUCAAGAGCGUGGUGCGCCAGUUCAUCCGGAGCCUCUGCUUCAGUGGGGCCGCCAAGGGCUCCGGUCUGGCUGAGGAGAGCAAGCCUCUGGAUGAGCUGCAUAGUAAUGGAAAGGGAAACUGCAUCUCCAAUCACACCACAGUGGAGAUCACUAAAGACCCGAGUGGUUUGUACCUAAAGGAGGGCAAUGGGCGGCCAGGAGGAGGGCUGGUCGUCGGGGUCAGUGUGGGCGGGGACAGCACAGGGCAGUACCCCGUCGAGGAGUGCGACUACAUGUCGUUCAUUCAUAACCCCAGCCUGACGGUGACGGUGCCCAUCGCUGUUGGCGAGUCGGACUUUGAGAACCUCAACACGGAGGACUUCAGCAGUGACUCUUCAGACGUGGAAGGCAGCAAGGAGAAGCUAGAUGUAGAGCCCCAGCACCUUAGCUCCUCGGAGGGGAGCACGGUAGAUAUUCGGCCCCCGGGAGACGGGGGCGAGUCGGUGGAGCUGGAGCCUGAGGAAUCCCUGGACCCAGAAGCCUGCUUCACUGAGGGCUGUGUGCGCAGGUUUCAGUGCUGCCAGGUCGACGUGGAGGAGGGCAGAUGGAAGAGUUGGUGGACACUCAGGAAGACUUGCUUCAUCAUAGUGGAGCACAACUGGUUUGAGUCCUUCAUAAUUUUCAUGAUCCUGCUCAGCAGUGGCGCCCUGGCAUUCGAGGAUAUUUACAUAGAGCAGAGGAAGACCAUCAAGACAAUGCUGGAGUUUGCAGACAAGGUCUUCACAUACGUCUUCAUCCUGGAGAUGCUGUUGAAGUGGGUGGCCUACGGGUUUGUGAAAUACUUCACCAACGCCUGGUGCUGGCUCGACUUUCUCAUCGUCGAUGUGUCUCUGGUCAGCCUUGUAGCCAAUGCUCUGGGCUAUUCUGAGCUCAGUGCCAUUAAAUCUCUGAGGACACUGCGGGCCCUUCGGCCCCUCAGGGCUCUGUCACGGUUUGAGGGGAUGCGGGUUGUGGUGAAUGCACUACUCGGUGCCAUCCCCUCCAUCAUGAACGUGCUGUUGGUGUGCCUCAUCUUCUGGCUCAUCUUCAGCAUCAUGGGCGUCAACCUGUUUGCUGGGAAGUACUUUCACUGUGUCAACACCACCACAGAUGAGAACUUCCCCAUCGAGUUUGUCAACAACAUGUCCGACUGCCUUGCCCUGGUCAAUGACAGUGCCCUCUGGAAAAAUGUCAAGAUCAACUUUGACAAUGUCGGCGCUGGUUAUCUGGCCCUGCUGCAAGUGGCAACGUUUAAGGGUUGGAUGGACAUCAUGUACGCAGCUGUGGACUCGCGCAAAGUGGGAGACCAGCCAGCGUAUGAAGUGAACCUCUACAUGUACCUCUACUUUGUCAUUUUCAUCAUCUUCGGCUCCUUCUUCACCCUCAACCUCUUCAUCGGUGUCAUCAUUGACAACUUCAACCAGCAGAAGAAAAAGUUUGGAGGUCAGGAUAUCUUCAUGACGGAGGAGCAGAAAAAAUACUACAACGCCAUGAAGAAGCUCGGCUCUAAGAAGCCACAGAAGCCUAUACCUCGGCCAACGAACGCUUUCCAAGGCUGCGUGUUUGACUGUAUCACGAAGCAGGCCUUUGACAUCGUCAUCAUGAUCCUCAUCUGCCUUAACAUGGUGACCAUGAUGGUGGAGACGGAUGACCAGACGGAGGAGAUGGACAAAAUCCUCAACUGGAUCAACUUGGUCUUCAUCGUACUCUUCACUGGAGAGUGUGUGCUCAAGAUGGUCUCCCUCCGGCAUUAUUACUUCACCAUCGGAUGGAAUGUAUUUGACUUUGUGGUGGUGAUCCUGUCAAUUAUAGGUAUGUUUUUAUCUGAAGUUAUCGAGAAGUACUUUGUGUCGCCAACGCUGUUCCGUGUCAUCCGUCUAGCCAGGAUAGGCCGCAUCCUCCGCCUAAUUAAAGGUGCCAAGGGCAUCCGGACCCUUCUUUUUGCCUUGAUGAUGUCACUUCCUGCCUUGUUCAACAUCGGCCUCCUGCUCUUUCUGGUUAUGUUCAUCUAUGCCAUCUUUGGCAUGUCCAACUUUGCCUACGUCAAACGGGAGUCGGGUAUCGACGACAUGUUCAACUUUGAGACCUUUGCGAACAGUAUGAUAUGCCUGUUUCAGAUAACCACCUCUGCCGGCUGGGAUGGCCUGUUGGCCCCCAUACUGAACAAGAGGGAGCCGGACUGCGACAGCGAGACGGAGCACCCGGGGAGCUCCUACAAGGGCAACUGUGGCAAUCCGUCAGUGGGCAUCUUCUUCUUCGUCAGCUACAUCAUCAUUUGUUUCCUCAUCGUGGUCAACAUGUACAUCGCCGUCAUCCUGGAGAACUUCAGUGUGGCCACGGAGGAGAGCGCCGAGCCGCUGAGCGAGGACGACUUUGAGAUGUUCUACGAGGUCUGGGAGCGCUUCGACCCAGACGCCACACAGUUCAUGGAGUACGGCAAGCUCUCUGACUUCGCAGAUGCCCUGGACCCGCCGCUGCGCAUGCCCAAGCCCAACAAGAUCCAGCUCAUCUCCAUGGACCUGCCCAUGGUGAGCGGUGAGCGCAUCCACUGUCUGGACAUUCUGUUCGCCUUCACCAAGCGAGUGCUGGGUGAGGGCGGCGAGAUGGAUGUGCUGCGCGGGCAGAUGGAGGAGCGCUUCAUGGCCUCGAAUCCGUCCAAGGUGUCGUACGAGCCAAUCACCACCACGCUGCGCCGCAAACAAGAGGACCUGUCCGCCGUGGUCAUCCAGAGAGCCUUCCGUCGGUACAUGAUCCGUAUCGCCAUGAAGAAGGCCUCCACGCUAUACAAGGAGCAGCUGAAGAACAGCGUUCGAGAAGGCAACAAGGAGGUGUUGGUCAUCGGCAAGUUCGCCGAGAACUCCACGUCCGACAAGACGGACAUGACCCCCUCCACCGCCUCCCCGCCCUCUUACAACAGCGUGACAAAAUCCGAUAAGGACAAAUACGAGAAAGAAAACAGCGAAAAGGAAAACAAAGGGAAAGACCUGAAGGAGCGAGAGAAGUAG